GGAAGGUCGGAGUUUUGCGGAGUCUUUUGUUCGACGUUAGUGAAAAUGAUUUCCGGACGAGGAGGUUUUGAUCAUUGAAUACAUAUAGCGCCGCAUUGACGAUGAAGCCUCAGGUCGGCCGAGGACAUCAGCAUCACCACGUUAUGGUGUGCUAGAAGAGCAACCAGAGCGACCUCUCAGAAACUGCCUCAUCAUGCCGGAGCUGUUGCUAAGUCGCCGGCCUCCGGAGGCAGCAGCUUUAGGUGCAGCUGCCGGCCCACUCAGCGGCCCGUUGCGCGUGCGCGGCGUGGUGGGUGCGGAGGCGAUUGCAAACAAGGCGCGGGACCAGUUACAGCGAUGAAAAACGCUUUCGCUUUCAAAAUUUAAAUUUUUUUGCAGCCCGUCUCUAGCAUCCUGCCCAACUGACCGCAUCUGCGUCAUCCCGGUCAGCGACCCCACAAGCUGCUCCGGUUCCUCCAGCCUUGGAGUUGCUUUUUUUGCAAAUGAAGUUUCUUGAUGACGAAUGGGAAGACGAAAGCACACAGCUAGCUUGUCGCGGUGAUGGCUGGCGCAAGUUGCGUAGUGCUUGAGAUGUUCCGUGAAGGAUGUCUGAAGCAGGUAGACGCUAACCAGCGACACAAGCCUCCCAGCUUCGGCGCCCACCCUGGGCGCCAUCCUAUCCGCCACACCCUGCGAGGGAAGUCAAUGGGGACGAGCCGCUAUGGGAGAUAGUUCCGCCUUGGAACAGCAAAGGUUAAUGGUUGCCAAUACUGAUGGAAACAACGGGCGGUCUUCGAGUUGCCUCGAGCUGCCGCACUGUGUCCGCCCCACGUUGGGCGCUUGCAAGUUUCGUUCCAAAAAAAGGGAGAAGGGGCCGGGGUCCCUGUAAGAGCCUUGGAAAACAUUGCGCGGCCAAACGCGUGGCCGUGGCGAUGCUGGCGCGCGAGCCCACCAGGUACGAAGAUAGACGCGACCGCGCGACGGCCCCCCAAACGGCUAAAGUGUUGGGCCAAGGUGGUUGGGCACGUAGCGGGCUUGUUUUCAUUGGGCCCAGGCGCGGACACGUUGGGUCCGUAGCGAUGACCAUUUCGGAACCCCGGGAGCCCAGAUGAUUCUGGCUCCAGGUGUUCUCUUUGCCCUUCAUUAUACCCCCCCCCUUGAAAGCGUUUUUUUGGAGGCCAAAAAUCGCGAAAGCGUUUUUUACAGGAACUAAAAAACGCUUUCACUUGAUUUUUUUAUAGCGCGUUAAGUCUUGCCAAAGCCCUUCCGAAGGGCAACACAAAUGGCAACGCUUUUGGUCCUCCUGGUGAUAGUCAAAGUCCGACAAUGUCGACUCAGGUCAUCGCAACACAGGGAAAAUUCCUCCUCACAACAAAGACAGCGAACAUCGUCAGAAAGCGGCGCCUCGGUGCGUAAAUGGUGACCGAAUGGCCUCCAAAAACCGGCGGGCUCCUGCUAGUGUGUCUGCAUGGGCUGGCGGAUAUCCAAGAAAAAACACGAACCCGCAGGAGGCAUCUAUGGCGUCGCAAACUUGUCGCCCAAUAGCAUGACAACCCAGCGCCCUUUCGUGACAAAUUUCAUGGAAGCCCUGCGCGGCAAUUUGCGCACCGCGCAGGAGGUCUUGGACUGUAGAGAAGACCUGCUGCGGAUAGGAGUUUGCGGGGCAACUUCACUGACGUUCCAGUGGGAGCACCGACCUCGCCUCCGGAUUUGGCCGACUACUUGCCGCGCCCCCCAGGGCGGUGCUCAGCAUGCCGCUCACGGCGAUGCGCAGCGCCGGGGCGCCCACCCCGGCAGCAAAGGACUAUGCGGAAAAGCAGGCGCAAUCGCGGUCGCAUAUUUGCGCCACCUAUCACCGCGACAGGCUAAGUACAUAACGAGAAGAAGAAACUGACGACAUCAACACACUGAAGUGAUUCAGGCAACAAAAAAAAGCUUCGCUGCUCACCUGCCCAAUGCCUUCCACUUCAACGAGGCCACCAGCGGGGUCCUAUCUGGGCCGACGCUUAAGGGGGGCAAAGAAAAAUUUGAUUUUUGAAAGCGAAAGCAUUUUUCAUCGUUGUACCAGUUCGGCGGGAGUCUGUGGCACAACCCCGUAGCCUUCGCCUGCCCAGGAUAUUACGCAGCAAGCGAGCGGUGGACAGCGCGUGGUCGCAGCUGUCAGGACGACCGCAGUCCCUCUUGUUGCGCGACCAGUACUAGACCGCGUUGUUCCCUACUGGAAGAAGGCUCGCCGAAUAGAUCCGGCGUUUCUACUCCGAGGAGGAGUGCUGGGAACAAGAAUGGCCAAAGUGAAAACGCGGAAGAGGUGGAAGUCGUUGCUGGGGCGAUUUCGGUCUGCUCUACUCCGCGAAACGAGCCACGUGACCGAGCAGCUACGGGCACGCCCGGGCGCGGCUCGACCUCUCGUUCAGGAGCUCAACAGGAGCCGAGGUGCAAUACAACUUCUGGAGUGAUGAAGAAUGUGUGGAGCAAGGAUAUAGAUCCAAGCGAGCUUCCACCAGCCGGCGUUGCAAGUCCCAGACAUGUGAGUCCACGCAAUAACCGAGCUAGUGUGCUGGCGGCUGCAGAAUAUCAAGCUGGAACCGUUGACCCUAAUGUGGUUUCCUCGUCCUCCCUACGACAGGAAAAGACAACGAGCAACAACAUCUGUGUGACGCCACGACAGAACAACAUCUCGGAGCAGGACGGCCUCGGCAAGCGAGACCGACCUGAACAAAAAGGUCCGGAUGAGGAAGUCGGAUGGGCGGCAAGAUCUUCGAGCAGAACGUCACCGGUUUGUUCAUCGUCCUCCUCCCGUUCCCGAGUCGAGCACGUGCUCUCCACCUCCAGGGACAAGAUGAGUCUGCAGUUUCUACUGAAAAACAACUGUACGACGUCGAGCCCCUCGUCAAGAAGACGACCUGCAAAUGAAGAUCUUCUGGUUCAUCGGCCGCGGGACCGAACGUCCUCGGCGCGCUCCUUUGACGACGAAAUAUUCGUCCACGAGCAUGAUCUUACGGGAAGACAGUCGUUGUGUACUGGGACGACCACAAGAAGCCGGGCGCGCCGCUUUGUCGGAAUUGGAGCUGCAAAUCCUUCGACGAAAGGGUCCACCUCCCGACGUCAGCAACACCUCGCCGUUCCAACAGCCACGCGCUCUCCCCCCGCGCAGCAUCUUCUGCGAACGCAGCACUUCGACGCGGCAGCGCGCGACGGCGAGACGUCGCAGCUCCCGGGCUACAAGCCGGCGCGGCCGCGGUCCGUGCCCCACUUGGGGCACUGUCCGUUGCAGGAUGAGUCCCUUACCUGGCAAGAACAUCAGCGGUCCGCGGAGCCUCCGCACGAGAAUACGGAGGAUCCACUAGAGGAGGGGAUGGUGCGCCGCGAGCGUAUUUUUCCCGCGGACGCCAACCCGCAUUGUCGCCUCCGAGACCGCUCGGCCAACCACGUCAUGCUCACAGAGCUGCAACAGUACAUGGCAGCGAGGGAUGGUGCUGAACUUGGAGUGGGCGAUACGAACGUGUUGGGUGCCAAUAAUCCGAGCACCUUAGUUCUGGAAGACCGCUCGCCCGGAAAAGCGAGUAGUCGGACUUCUUCGCGCGCAACCUAUGUGGGUGCGCUGCACGAAGAACACGCAAAGGCCGGUGCUCUCCGUCGAGUCGAGAAGCAAGGUAAAAAGUUGGGCGUCAUCAAUGCAAUGCGAACAGCUCCUGCUGCUGAACUGGAGCUGGACGAAUUUGCAACACCUCCUUCUGUGUGGCUCUCUUGAUGGCACAAAUUCGUCAUGACCACAGACCACUGAAUCAAUAGGACGAAGCUACUUCUCCUUCAAGUUUGGAAUUGGAUAAAGUUCAAGUUUUUGCACGCAUGUUUGCUUUAUCACUAUCAGGUUCUAGCGCUGGCAUACUCGAGGUUGGACAGCAGGAUUCUGUCGAGAAUGGAAUUACGACCACGGGUGAGAGCGACGAUGCGGAUGCGAAGUCCGAAAAGCCAAAAGCCAGAAAUUGGGUGCCUCCCGGUACUCCAUUUUUUUGAGAUAGGUGUACGUGUUGUAGCAUAAACCUAAGGGAGUGUUCGUGUAUACAACCCGGAGGUCGUCGACUUGUGAAGGUCAUCAUGUUGUCUUGCGCUUCUGUGCCGAUAAUUUUCGAGUCUCGCUUUACCCUUUGUCACAGGCAAGCGAAUUUCUUCCUUCGCGAAGCAUUUGAGGGCACGCACAGCACUGGAGCUGAAGGAAAGCAAACAGUUGAUGCCGAUUUCGGAACAUCAGCACACCAAACUCCAGCCCGCGGCCUCGUCUGCUCGGCGAUCCCCAACUACUAGGUCCCCUGUCACCGCCUCUGUGCUGCGAAAACCAAUUCUCGCGUCUUCCCCGCUGCGUUCGAGCGGAAGAAGUAGAGUAAGCGAAGAGCACCAGCUUUUGGACGUGGUUCUCGAAUCGGCUCCCGCGAGGCAGCCGUCCAGCUAUGGAACCCUCCUGGACUUACCCCAGCGGCACUCGCACAGGUAAGUAUCUACUCGGCGUAAGGUAGACCAACAGCGAAACUAUCUCUCUGUGUCUCUCUCUCAAAGUCAUUUUGUACAAGCACUUUGCUCAUUCGUAGUUUGUGCAAGUACUCGUGCCCUGCGUGAAUAGUGCGGUGAACAAUGAGGAGCAUCUUGUUCUUUCGAAGCACUAGCACGAGCAAAUUCGAGUCAUUUUAGCUGCGGUCUCAAUCAGACGUUUUUUCGCAUUACAACAGUUCCGUGCAGCUGAACGCCAGCCGCGACUUGACUCAGAAUGAAAGUUCUGGCCGCUCGCCCGCUUCCUCAGCUCGCGCGUCCUCCGCAGCAAAUGCGAAUGAAAAGAAUUCGGUCCUUUCCGCAGGAAACAUGAAGAAAACGAACACUACAAUUACGGGCCAUCGGGGCGGCACUGGUAGUGUGACCACAAGCAGCACCAGCCGUCAUAAAGCAGCAAGCUCCUCGUACAUCCUUAACAGCUUGGCGGAAAUGCGCGCGGCCAAAGCCUCGUCGCGAUUAACGCGGAACAGCGCUGCGGCGGCCGUGUCUACUUCUGGGGAUACUCUGCAACCUCCUUCAGCGAGGGGUGCACGACCCACCGCUGCAUCCGAGACUAAGAGGAGCGUAACAUCAUCAUCAGCCCGUGCCGUAGCAGCGGAAGAAGUGGCGGUCAGCACGAACAUUAGAGCCUCGCCCACCUCCAUCUCGCAAGCUUUGCGCACCCCCACGUCCACCUCCUCUGCGCAGGUGCUGAGUAAUCUCUGGCGGUGUCCCUCGGUUGGUCAGCAGAGCGGGGGAGUGCGACGGGUGCCGUCGGCUAGAACCCCCAGGACAGUCGAGCGCGGCCCAUCGACACGAAACACGUAAGACGAUUAAAAAGCUGAAUGGGCAGCUCCACCUGCUUUGAGUUUACUGCUUCUUGCAUCAGUGCUGUGCGGAAAUUAAAACAGUCUCAUGCAAUAAACUACAAGAAAAAAAAAACAGCCCGCGUCGAGUGAACUCGGCACUCGCAUCCGCCAAAGCUAGUUUCAGUGCCAGUUAA